CGUAAUUGAUGGCUGAGCCAAAAUCUAAAAGAAUUUGUAUUGAACAAGUCGCCAACUUUCUACAAUGGCUGUACCAACAUAUUUAGAUUCUACUGCUCUAAUCUACGAUCGUAGAACAACAUAUAAAUGCUGGCCGUUUUUGUCUCUUACAAUCUUCCAUUAAGUUGAUACUUUUGCUGCUCUCUUCGCUAUUUAUUUUCUUGUUUCUAAUUCCAACUAUUCUAUUCCAACUAUUAUGACUCUUUAUUUAGAUAUUCAACACGCACUGCAGAGCACAGUAGUCGCCCGCCAUUCUAAUACAUUGUAAUGUAAAAUAGCUGAGAUUGAGAAUCUUGGCGCGUACGAGUACCAAGAAAAGAGAAACAUUUAUCGUGGCCAUCAUAAAUAGCGGCGCAAUUCACUACUAGGGUUCAACGAUAUAUCUAACCAGCAAGAGCAUGAGACAACUGGCAGGAAUGGCUAAAUGAUGUCUGGAUAAUCUGAAGUAUCCUACCAGCUGAAUGGCUGUCGCUUCCGGUCACGUAAGACUUGCAGCUGUGCGUGCCACAGAAGAAGUCGCCUUUUGAACAUGCGCAUCAUCAAGCCAGAGGCGUCGUUCUCGGGGCGUGCGGCAUUUUCCCUUUCCGUUCUGAUGCACUGCAUUGCGGCGAGUGCGUGCUAUUUAUUGCUACAUGUGGAGAUGCGAUGGGCUGCCUCACGUGCCAGUCGCAGUAGAUAGAGGCGGUUUCCCCUCUAACGUCCGGCAUGCUGCUUACCAGCGUCCUCCAUGUUCUCAACCACAGCCUACGAUGACUCCUUCGACAAAUGCCUUGAGCAAUGAUGAAGAUGCAGACGAUGAAGCAAGCGUCGAAUCAGAUGCUUGCCUGGCACAUUCAUCGCCGGUUCGUCCUACCUCCACGAUGCCGGUCUAUUUGAACAUCCAUCGAAUCAGGCGACUAGUGCUCGCCAGCAUCGAUGAUCCGUAUACAGUGGAGCAUUUUCGAGAGCCCCGACUAAAUGCGCUUGUCGUGAGGCCGCUCGUCGAUCGACUUUAUGAUACAAACGAUAUUUCUACAGUCUUUUGUUUACUCGUCAAUCGGAUUGCGUUUCUGCGCGAUCAAUCAGGACUCGCAUUCCAGAGUGUCAACGUCGCCCGUGCUGUUCUAUGUGAACUCGUCGCCAGCCGGGUUCUGCGUCGGUUCAACGAAGAUAACCCUGGGCGGCCUGGUCUCCUGUUGCUUGCCCAGAUCCUCGCUGAAGGCUUCGACCCGUUUCAGAAUGCACCCAACCAUAUUGAGCGCGAGUGGCGCCAUCUACAGUGGCCUAUCCAGGAGCGUGGAGGUCAUGAGAGGAAGCUCACUGCACUCGAGCUGGCUAUUCUCUCAGAAAGCAAGCUGUUCAUCAGCUCUUCCGCGUGCCAACAGGUUGUUGAUGCCAUAUACUAUGGUCAAGUUGUAUACACGCCACUUUCUUUCAUCGACAUUCUUCCAGACCAUUUCAAGCACUUCCCCAUUUCCCUCUACAACCCACAGCGUGUCCCAAUCCUGAACCAUCGUCGUUUGAUCGUACCGCGAAUUAGAGCCAUCAUUGAACUUGCUCAAUUUUUCUUGCUUCUGGUACUGUACACGAUGACUAUGAUGAACAGGCAUGCCAACGGAAUAAGCCCGUGGGAAGUGUGCUUUUUCAUUUACACAGCGGGGUGGACUUUGCAGGAGUUUGCCGCCAUCAUCGAACAUGGCUGGGAACUUCACUCACAGAGUCUUUGGUCGUUCUUAGACAUCACAUUCUUGGCUGUGUAUGGCAUUUACUCCGUCGUUCGGCUUUUCGACAUGUAUCAAGGCCACCUGUCAAACGGUCAUGGUCUCGAAGUUCUCUGCAUUGCUGCUCCAAUUCUGCUCACAAGAGGCGCGUUCAGCCUCAUGCCCAACAACAUUAUAUUCAUUUCGCUGCAUGCAAUGGUCAAAGACUUCACCGUCCUUACUUUCUUGUCUUUUUGGUGUUUUACAGGCUUUCUCCUUGCUUUGAAAUGGCUUAUCACCGCCGAACAACUUGAAAGUGGCGAUUUCCCUACCUGGGCCACUGUCUGCAAAUGGUUGCUGUGGAUUUGGUUUGGUCUCGAUGGGACAGGUAUCGGAGAGUCGACGACAUUUCACGUUGUUUUAGGCCCUGCUCUCAUGAUAGGAUUCGCUUUUCUGGGCAACACCUUGUUUCUGACGAUUUUGGUCGCUAUGCUCACCAACACAUUCUCACGGAUAAUUGCAAACGAGGGUGCAGAGAUCAAGUUUCGUCGUACAGUAUUGACUUUUGAAGGCGCUAAGAGCGAUUCCAUCUUCGCCUACCCUCCACCCUUCAACAUCGCUGCUCUGGCCCUUUUGCUUCCGCUGAAGCUCAUGAUAUCGAGUCGCCAGUUCCACACAGUCAAUGUUUUCCUCAUUCGAACACUAAAUGCGCCUACAUUACUACUCAUUGCUCUGCUUGAACGGCGCCACUGGCACAUUCCCAAAUGGAAAAGGAAAAGCGCUCCGCGUAGCUGGCAUUUUGCAGGGUUCUCACCACACGGAGACAUACAGGCGGUUUUACGGGCUGGGCCACCACCGGAAAUUUUGGAUAAAAUAGAUGAGCUCGAUCCACUUGAUGCCGUGCCAGUCUUGGAAGACGAUGUUAUUGCUGAGGCGCGCGGGGACGUUCCGGUAGCACACCUGCGCAGGCCAAUGAUGACCUCCUAGACCUCGGCCGCUUUCCUACGCAGACUCUUCCAUCAAGCCUUCAUAGUUCAUGGUUAUCAGCACGACAACGUAUUCGAAUGGAUGGCAUGGCGCUAUACUUGGAUAAUAGAUUUUGCCCAUGGUAAUUUAAUACCUAUGAACAAGUUGCUGACACCUACGUCUAGAGACAGCAUCAACCGCCGAAACUAUAUCUAAUAAAUCCUAGAACGACAUGAUAUAUCUAAAAUAAUAUUUAAUUAUUCACAAUGAUAAUCAUCUUGUGCUAUCACAUGAUGGGUGCGCCGCCAGGUCGCGUGUUUACGUGUUCACGGGUAGCGAUUGCAAGGGAUUCUCGUUCACAAGCAAACCGUAUAUCCUCCAACUAUCAAUCCAUAAUAUGAUAUAAAUAACCAUCAAUAUUCGUCGUUUCCACGACCAAUUAAAGUUUGUAUUUGCUUUACGCUUUGUCCCACCCAAUAUAACUCAUAACUAUACGAUCGGUGCUCUUUGGCUAUAGCUCUUUUAGCGCGGUGACCCAUCUGUUGGAUGCAGACCACCCCAAUAUUCUACCACUCGAGUUGACAAGAACGAGCCGUCAAAAGCACAUUAUUCGCUUUAUCGGCCAUCUACUGUCGUGUAGACAAUCUAUUGUCUGCCGAAUAGUCCCACAAUACUUUCUACCAGACACGGUAAUCCUCAAGGCCUUGAAACCAGACUGGGACGACGAAUUCGACAAUGAAAAGACCAUGUAUAAACGUCUAGAAUCACUGCAAGGAGACACAAUACCUGUUUACCUGGGUGAGGCUAUAUACAAAUAUACACCGUCUAUUUUGAUAUCAUACGUCGACGGCGUCAUGCCGCAUAAGCAAGACAAGCACUGCCCGAUGCCAGCCGAAGAGUUUCAAAGCAAGGUCGAACUGGCUUUUCGGAAGAUGGAGCCAUUUGGUGUAUGCCAUGGAGAUAUGCACCUUGGUGACUUUAUUAUAUCUGGUGAUUGCAUUGUCGUGAUUGAUCUUGAGUCAGUGGAAGAUGAGCCAGCAGAGGUUAUGGACUACGCCAUUGUGGCACAACUCAAGAUGCUCUUUAAGCGAU